AUGCCACCACCAAAACCGCCCCCGAAAAACGCCCCCCCCCUCCCCGACUACAAGACCGUCGCCGCGCAGUGGGCUGCCGCAAAGCGCGCCAAGGAAGUCGCCGACGCCGACCGCCUUCUCAAGGGCACCAGCAGCAGCAGCACCGACGACGGCGCCGCCGCAGCAGCAGCAAAAAAGGACAUGGCACAAGAGCAGGAACGCAUGACGGCCCGCGAGCGCACCCGCGCCCGCCUCGAGUCGGCCCGCCGCAGGGCUUACCAGUCCCGCUGGGGGUGGACCGCCGCCUUCUGGGCCUGGCUGUUGUGUGUGCAUGCCGUGGGCAUCGCCUACUUUACGAGCGGGUUUUUGCUGACGCGCCUGGUGCUGGAGGAGAAGUCGGCGUGUGCCGCGCCGCCGACGGGGCUGGGGGGUGCGGCUGGUGAGGGUGCGGGUGCGGGUGCGGGUGCGGAUGGGGGUUUGUUGCCGGCGUGGCCGGGCAAGGGGACGGUGGAGGGCGGGUGUUGGCACCCCCGUACGUUUGACCGGGCGGUGGUGGUGGUGAUUGAUGCGCUGCGGUAUGAUUUUGCGGUGCCGGUGGAGGAUGACGAGGCGUUCCAUAAUGCGUUUCCGUUUCUGUGGGAGACGGCGGUAAGGGAGCCGAAUAGGGCCUUCUUGCGGCCGUUUAUUGCGGACCCGCCGACUACGACGCUGCAGCGGUUGAAGGGAUUGACGACGGGGACGUUGCCGACGUUUGUGGAUCUGGGGAGCAGCUUCUCGGGUACGGCAAUCGAUGAGGAUAAUCUGCUGAUGCAGUUCAAGGAUGCGGGGAAGAAGAUUGUUCACCUGGGAGACGAUACGUGGGAGGCGCUGUUUCCGGGGUACUUUGAGGGGAACCUGAGCCGGGCGUACGACAGUUUCAAUGUUUGGGACUUACAUACGGUCGACAAUGGAGUCAUUGAGCAGAUCUUCCCGGUCAUGGAGAAGAGGAACGACUGGGACGUUCUUAUCGGGCACUGCCUUGGUGUUGACCACGCUGGCCACCGUUACGGGCCUAACCACCCAGAGAUGACCAAGAAACUGCGCCAGAUGGACGGCUUUAUCCGGGAUCUGGCCGACACUAUGGACGACAAGACGGUUCUGAUUGUGAUGGGGGACCACGGAAUGGACAGCAAGGGGGACCACGGUGGCGAGAGCGAAGACGAAGUCGAGGCUGCGCUAUGGAUGUACUCCCCCAAGGGUAUCUUUGGCAGAACGAAGCCGGAGUAUGUUACACCGCCGGCCACCGCUAAGACUCGUCCCGUCAACCAAAUCGAUCUCGUUCCCACGUUGGCAAUGCUGAUGGGUAUUCCCAUUCCCUUCAACAACCUGGGAAGGCCGAUCGAAGAGGCUUUUGCUGGCGCCGCUGGCAAUUCCUGGGCCAACCUCGCUGCGGCAGAGAGAACGGCGGCGGCUGGUAUCAAGCGCUACCAAUCCUCCUAUUUCGCCGCCCGGGGAAUCGAGCAGUCUUCCGGCCCCGGUUCUCCCAAUGAACUCUGGAACAAAGCCGAGAGUCUUAUCUCCCAGGGGAAGAAGCAGGAUUGGGAAGCCAUCUUUUCGGCAUUCGCUGCGUAUCAGGAAGAAAACUUGCAGAUCUGCAAGGGUCUGUGGGCAAGGUUCGACCUCAAGAAUAUGGCUAUCGGCAUUGCGGUCAUGGCACUCGGGGUUAUCGCGCUCCUCGUUUACAUCUCUAAGGGAGUAGACGACGAUGCCAUUGACGACGAGGAGUUGGAUCUCGCCGAGAAGAGCUUGGAGCUACAAGGCGUACAACCUGACGCAUCGGCAACCCCUUCUGACUCUCUCGAGAGGCGUCUGAUCUCUGCUGCUCUCCUCGGCGCCACCCCUGGAUUCCUUGGCGGAGUUAUCUCCUCCUUCGUCUCAGGGGCUGGCGACUGGUACCGCGGAUCUGGCAUUGCCGCUCUGACGAGCAUCGGUGCCGUUCUCGUAUCCAUGUAUGAGUUCCAGGAGACGAUAAUCAACCUUUUCCCCAGGACGGCCUGGGGCUGGAUGGCAGUCGUCUUCACGGUUAGCCAGUCUAUCGGCUUCGCGUCCAACUCGUACACAAUCUGGGAGGAUUCAAUCCUCCUCUUCUUUAUCACAACAUUCGGCUUUGUCAGCGCCCUAUCGGCACUCAAGAUUCCUUCCAAGGCAGACCGCUACCUGGCCAUCUACCACUCCGUCGUCUUCGCCCUGCUCGGCCGCGUUGCUUCCUUCUCCAAGCUUUGCCGCGAGGAGCAGAUGCCAUACUGCACCUCGACCUACUAUGCCUCGUCCACGACCUCCACGUCGGCCCCGUGGCAAUUGAUCAUCCCCUUCCUCGUCUCGGUCAUUCUCCCGUCCAUCCUCAAGGCCUAUCUCAAGCCUACCCGGUCCUACGAAGGUCUCGCACCGGCCUGGAUCGGCUACGUCUUCCGCACCGGCCUCUUCAUGGCCGCCCUGUACUGGCUCCUCGACGCGGCCGACAACGGCAACUGGAUCCCCGGCCUCCCAGACAAAACCCUCAAAAACCUCAACGUCUACACCGCCCAGAUGAUCCUCGGGCUCGCCCUCGUCGCCGGCACAACCGCCUUCGUCUGGGCGCCCCCCUGCGUCUCCAUCGUCACCUCCGCCUCACCCAGCGAGCCGACCCGCGCGCAAGUCGCCAUCCUCGGCUACGCCAACGCCCACGGCGCCCGCUACCUGCUCCUCCCCCUCAAUCUCCUCGCCGCCUGCAUCCUCCUCUCCAAGCCCAUGGGCGCCGGCGCACUGGGCCUCAUGGCCUGGCAAAUCCUCGCACUCCUCGAAAUCCUCGACCUCAACAACCUGACCACCUCCCCGAUCGGGCCCGUGAUACUCGCCGUGCUCGGCACCUUCCACUUCUUCAAGACGGGCCACCAGGCCGUGCUCAGCACCAUCCAAUGGGACGCGGCCUUCAUCCCGCUGUUCACGAUCCGGUACCCGUGGAGCCCGCUAGUGGUGGCGCUCAACACCUUCGCGGGGCAGAUCUUGGCCGCGGCGGCGGUGCCUCUGCUGGUGCUGUGGAAGGCCGGGCCGCGGCGGCGCGGGGUGCUCGAGGCCGUCAGCCGCGCGCUGGGCGUGUUUGUGACCUACUUUGCCGUCGAGAGCCUGGCCACCAUGGCGUGGGCGGGCCACCUGCGGCGGCACUUGAUGCUGUACCGCGUGUUUGGCCCGCGCUUCAUGGUGGCGGCCGUGGUGCUGCUGGUGGUGGAUGUGGUGGGGAUCGUGGUGUCCCUGGCGGGUGUGAGGUGCAACACGGUGGCGAUAGGGGAGGUUUUCGGGUGGCCUGAGUGA